AUGACUGUCCCCAAGGUUGGGGACAUUCUGAUGCUGUCCCAGAAAGCAUUGAAGAUUGGCCGGGCUUUCGCAUCCUGUCAUAAAAAUGCCCCAUCCGAGCUUCAGUCUGUCGAAACGGAGAUCGGUGACUUGGCAAAAGCACUCAGGCUCCUGGCGGAGACACUGCACGCCGAAUCCGAGAAAGAGCUGUUUCAGUGUGCUGACCAGAAGGUACAAGAUGGCAUAGGCGCAAUAUUGUUCUCCUGUCAACGCACGGUGGAUGAUCUUGACUCGCUUGUCGACCAGUAUCAAGUCAUUAAAAAGCACCGCACCGUCGGAGGCUUCGCCAUUGAGCGAUCAUGGACUGACCUGGUCCUCAAGUCUUCAACUCGUCUAAAAAGCGUAGUAACACCGACGGUAGAGCGAACCGAUAUCACAUACCACGCAAAUGCAACUCUUGAUCGACAGAUUGAUCAAGUACAUCGCAUCGUGCAAGAUCUUACCUUGACUCCUCAAGACCCACAAACACCACCAAUUCCUCCGAAGAAUCCAGCACGAUCACCAACAACCGAAACACCAAAUCCGCGUGGUUCAAAAUUCGCACCGUUCUCGUCGCCCCGGCACCCGAACAACAGGGUUUCACUACCUCGAUUCCCUCAACAUCCAAUCUCGCCCAACCAACCCACUGUAGCUAGCUUAAAUACUAGCCCACCAUCUGAACCAUCGCCCACGGAGACCAUCUCCAUGGCUAGAACCUCCGAUUCCCUUCGAAGAUGUGCAUCUCGCACGUCAGACUUUAGCUUCGGUGGUUCCUCAAUCCGGUACUCAAGCAGUAGUUAUGCAUCUUCAGAAGCCGGCACAAGCUCUGCAGGCUGGCAAAGUCCCGCGCAGUUUUCAAACGACUACUUCCUUAACCGAGACCAUUCAACGUCAACAAAGAAGACAACACCCCUACCACGGACCCCGGAAGAAAGCGGAGCAGGCCCGAUUGCUGAUAACCGACAUUCAUCACUGCACUCGCUGCCGGUGAUUGGUCGCGGCAGACUAGUCGAGUACUCACACUGCAUCAACCAAGACGAUCCCCACGAUGUCGAGAUGCUACAAGCAUCUGACGAAUGCCGUAUAGCCGUCAUACGGAAACGCAUCACAGAUCCGGAGUCGCGCAUAGUACGCGUAGUAACGUCAAUAUGGGCUUUCAGCGACGACAACCUCACGCGUGUCGAACUCCGCAUGGAAGACGACCAAAUGUACAUUCCCUACUCGAGCUACUUCUCCCCCUCCAAAGUAUCCAUUACAAUGCCUUGCGAGCUCAAAUUCCACGACAUCAAGCAUGGCAACCGUCCCGUUCACGUCGCAAGAACAAGUUGGGUAAACUACAUAUUCGACACGCCGCAAGCGGCUGCCCUCUUCCAAAACGAAAUCAUGGGCCGCACGCUCCUAGCUACAUUCCGCACGGAGCAGACUUUACGGUCACACACGUCGCUCGUGGGUAAGUCCUUUUCCUACGCUGAACAAAUGUGUGGUAUGGAGAACCUGCGUGUGUGGGAAGACAACGAUAGCGGUGCUAUUAUCGCGUUAAUACAUUUUUCGGCGCAUUUUCGACAGGGUUAUCUGGCUUUUUAUCUAAACGACGCGGCGCAUCCUGUUAAGGUUAAAGAUGAUGGGGGCAGGGAGGUCAAGAUCAAAGGGCUAAGAGUACCAAUUGAGGGGGCUAGUAGGAAAGAUAGUGUCAUUGAGGGCAAGGGCAAGGGUAAGAUGGGCGAGAGAGAAAGGGAAAAAGAAAAGGAGAAAGGCAUUAUCAGUGGGGCCAAGGUCGAAUUUGCGACCGAUGGAGAGAAGAGGGAGUUUUUGGACAUGUGUAAGCAUGUGCAGAGGAACAUGAUUGAGUUACCGGAUUUGAUGGGUGUCAACUGA